AUGGCGACAAGAAUCGGACUAGUGCCUGAGCACUUUUCAGCGCCACUGGUUUAUGGCGUCGAGAACGGAUUCACUAACACUCUGUGUAUAGUCGGCACUGGUGAUAUGAUCAAGAAGCUGGUUGCCGGCGAGCUUGACAUUGCCAUUUGCGUGACCGAGGGGCUUGUGGCGGGGAUCGGCAAGAACCCCGACCUGCGGCUGUUUGGCACGUAUGUGGACUCGCCGCUGCCGUGGGCAGCCUCUGUGGCCACUGACGCGGAAUACGCGACACUGGACGACCUGGCGUUUGGCGCGACAUUCGGCAUCAGCCGCCCGGGCAGCGGCAGCGAGGUGAUGGCGCGCUACGCUGCAAGCGCAUACGAGUGGACAGGCAAGCCCAAGUUCAAUGUGCUGGGUGAUGUGCAUGGGCUGGUCAAGGGUAUCCAGGAGGGCGCAGCAGACGCGUUCCUGUGGGAGCGCACGACGAUGCAGCGGCACUACGACGCCAAUGAGGUGCGCUACCUGGGCACGGUCAGGCCGCCGUGGCCUGCGUUCAGCUUUGGGGCCACUGCGCAGUUCAUUGAGGCCAACGGCGACAAGAUCACCGGGCUCCUGGGGAUGUUUGGCAAUGCGCAGCGGCAGUUCAUGGAGGACGGGGUGGCGCGCGCUGAGUUCUUGAAGCACAAGUUUGGGUAUGGCAGGGAGGAGGCGGAACGCUGGGCCGAGUAUGUGCGGUUCAAUGAGCAGGGCUCUGUGGACCAGGACAAGAUCCGCAAGGUGAUUGCGACGCUUUCCAAGGCAGGCGCGAUGCAGGAGCUAGGCGCUGACGAGGUGGUUCUUUUGCCAAAGUAG